CGUAUCAUCUGGGUACUUCCGGCUUUGGGUGCUGAUGAGACUCGAGAAGUGAACUGGUGAUGGUUUACGUUUUAUCUAGAUUUUAAAGCGACUGUGUAGAUGUUUAGACAGUUAUUUCCUCAUUUAGGCGAAACAUCACAAGAAGCAGUCGAGAUAAGCAAAGAUUAAACCACAUAGAAGAUGACUGAUAGAAGUGACCUGAAAGCUGAACUUGAGCGCAAAAAACAGCGCUUAGCCCAGAUUCGAGAAGAGAAAAAGAAAAAGGAGGAAGAGAGAAAAAAGAAAGAGUCUGAGAUGCUACAGAGAGCAGAGAAUGUGUCUGAAGACUCAGAUCUAGACAGAAAGAGACGAGAGACAGAAGCAUUGUUGCAGAGCAUUGGAAUUUCACCAGAGCCACCUUUAGUGCAGCCAGUGCAGCUUUUAACAUGGGAUACCUGUUAUUAUCAUUAUUUAGUCCCAACCCAUAUGUCUCCCUCUUCGCAAUCAGUGAGCCCACCCAGUGAAACGGGAAGUCAAGAGUCCAUAGAUGGUGGGACAGCGGGAAGGACAUUACAGUGGGAUACAGACCCCUCAGCUCUUCAGCUUCUUGCUGAUUCUGUGCAUGGGUGCAGGAUGCAAAGGCUUGGUGCAUCAAAGAUAGUUCAGAUUGACUUCAUGCCAAAAGAAUUGGUGACAUAUUCUAAAGAGACACAGACGCCUGUCGCACCUCAUCAGUAUGAAGAGAAGGAAGAUGAGGAGUUAUCGGUGACCAAACCUGAGCCUGUGCCACAGCAGCUAGAGGAGGAAACACCUCAGGAGACUGAGAAAGUUCAUCCUGGAGAACUGACCAAUGAGGAGAAAGAACAGAUUAUUCACUCAGGGGAUUUCCUGCUUUUCUUCGACCGAAGCAUCCGUGUAGUAGAGAGAGUCCUGGCUGAGGAUACAGACAUUUUCUUUGACUACAGUGGCCGUGAUAUGGAGGACAAAGAAGGGGAUAUGCAAGCUGGAUCAAACUUGUCUUUUAAUCGACAUUUCUAUGAUGAGCAUUGGUCCAAACAUCGAGUUGUCACAUCUCUUGACUGGUCACCACAGUAUCCUGAGUUGUUACUGGCCUCGUACAACACCAAUGAGGAUGCACCUCAUGAGCCGGAUGGAGUUGUGUUGGUCUGGAACAUGAAGUUUAAAAAGACAACCCCAGAGUACAUAUUCCACUGUCAGUCGUCUGUGAUGUCAGUGGGCUUUGCUCAGUUUCAUCCUAACCUGGUGAUUGGAGGCACUUACUCAGGGCAGAUAGCGCUGUGGGACAAUCGAAGCCACAGAAGGACCCCGGUGCAAAGGACACCGCUGUCUGCUACUGCACAUACUCAUCCUGUGUACUGUGUGAAUGUAGUUGGAACACAAAAUGCAAACAACCUGAUCACAGUAUCCACAGAUGGCAAGAUGUGCUCCUGGAGUCUGGACAUGCUGUCACAGCCUCAGGAAAGUAUGGAGCUGAUCUACAACAAGUCAAAGCCCGUAGCUGUAACUUGUAUGGCCUUCCCUGCAGGUGAUGUGAAUAACUUUGUUGUAGGAUGUGAGGAGGGCACAGUUUACACAGCGUCCCGCCAUGGAAGUAAGGCUGGUAUUGGCGAAAUGUUUGAUGGGCAUCAAGGACCUGUGACUGGAAUCAGAUGCCAUAAUGCUGUGGGACCAGUUGACUUCUCCCAUCUCUUUGCCACGUCAUCAUUUGACUGGACUGUCAAACUGUGGUCAACCAAGCAUAACAAGCCCAUCUAUUCCUUUGAAGACAAUGCAGACUAUGUGUAUGAUGUCAUGUGGUCUCCUGUACAUCCAGCCGUCUUUGCUACAGUGGACGGCAUGGGUCGCUUGGACCUUUGGAACCUGAACAACUAUACCGAGGUGCCAUCUGCAAGUGUGACAGUGGAGGGGGGAUGUGCCCUCAACCGGGUCAGAUGGGCAUCAGGGGGCAGAGAGAUAGCAGUGGGUGAUUCCGAAGGUCGUGUUUGGAUUUAUGAUGUUGGAGAGCAGUUAGCCGCGCCCCACACAGAGGACUGGAGCAAAUUUGCCCAUACUCUCAUGGAGAUUCGGGCAAACCGAGGAGAUGGAGAGGAGGAACAUUCCAUUGAACUGACUGCCUGAGAGCCACACACACAUUAUCUUAACCUGUAUACACACACUGACGCAUUCAUGUUUGGUGAGAAUUUGAAACAAGCUAUGCCAAAACAGAUGCUAGAUAUAAACCUAAUUGAUCACACAUCUAUGCUGACUACAGAUCCUUUUUUGUCUCUUUUUUGCCCACAAAAGCCUAUUUAUAGCAUGGGUGUUAAUUAGCAAUAACACACACAGGUGAUCAUGCUAAUGUAAAUGAAAAAGCUUGCAGUGAGUGAGCCAAUGUGAUCUUACGGUAUCGGAAUAGUAAAUCGUAAUCUGAUUUAUCAUUUCAAUUUUAAAUUAGAGAAUGGACAGGUUUAUAUUUGGAUAUAACGUAACAGUUGGUGCAUUUACCAUUAUGUAAAAAAUGUAUUGCAGGAAAAACUUAUGCUCUUAUAAAUAUGUAUUUUGUUUCUCACAUUGUUUUUAUGUUGUAUGUGUGUACACAAUACCAACGUUGAAUUAACUGCAUAAUAUGUAUUUGUAUGUAUAAUGCUCCUGUACAGCGUCAACGUACUUCUGAAUAAAGGUCAUGGUAUCCAACAAUUUUUUCGCAGU